UCUACAAAAUGGUCUUCGAAACGUUAACAAUUAAAUCAAUUCUACUUAUUCUUAACAGUUUAAAUAUCGUUCGUGCAAUAAUAGAAAUAAUUUUAACAUUAUUUAAUUCCGAUCCGAACAGUUUCUUGUUUAUGAACUACAUAACGAUGUUAAUUUCGGGAAUAUGCUGCGCGGCUGCCGUUAUGGAAUCCUUUUUAAUUUUACAAAUAUCUGCCAAUAUAUUUCUUAGUGAAAUUAUAGCAACAGCAGUUCUAUGGGUUUAUACAGAAGAUUUAUCCUUACAUCUAUAUACAUUAUUUGUUUUGAUAUUACACGGUAUUAUAACGGGUGUUGCAUAUUACAUGGCAGAAAGAAUGCAAAUGUCCAAAAUAAAUAACUUAAUAUCAAAAUAUACUGGAGUUGCAGCCAUCCCACUUAAUCCACCUCCACAUGUUCGUUCUGAUGUUAUAUAGAAAAAAGUGCUUCCGAUCAGUUCGACAAUAAGAGUUGCCUGGAACCGAAAUGAUUUUGUUGGGCAAAUUCUUGAACAACAGCACGAUUAAGAUUUUCAAAACGUGGUUGAAAUCGUCGUUUAAAUAUUAAAAUACUUAAAA